AUGAGCAACUGGAAGUACGACACAUUUCUUUGGACCAUGUCGGUCCUUGUGGAUCUCUUCUUCCGAGAGGUCCACCCCCGCGGCGUCUGGAAGGUGCCCCGCCAUGGGCCCGUCCUCUUUGUCGCCGCGCCUCAUGCCAACCAGUUUGUUGAUGCCCUCGUUCUGCAACGUACUCUGAAGGAUGGCGCCAAGCGCCGCGUGUCACUGUUGAUCGCUCAGAAGUCCGUACACGGCUUCAUCGGGUGGGCUUCGCGACAGGUCGGCUCCGUACCUGUCGGGCGCGCCCAGGAUUUGGCAAAGCCCGCCACGGGUACUCUCUACCUGCCCGACAUCAACGACCCGACGCUCAUCCGUGGUGUUGGUACCGAUUUUGAGAAAGAAGCUGAGGUCGGCGGCAUGAUCUUCUUGCCGUCCGCUAAGGGCCAGAGCGGCGCUAGUGUUGAUAUUGCUCAAAUCCUGGGCCCCGACACUCUUCGCAUCAAGCGUCCCUUCACAGGAAGGCUGGCCAUGAGCCAGCUGACAGGUCGUGAUGACAUCGAUGAGGAUGGGAGGUUCACCAACACCUCGGUUUCAGGCCCCGCCCCGGGCUACGAGGGCACCAAAUUCAAGCUGGCCCCUCACAUCGAUCAGACGAAGGUCUAUCAUGCCGUCUUUGAACGGCUGAAGUCAGGAGGCUGCAUCGGCAUCUUCCCUGAGGGCGGUAGCCACGAUCGCACUGAGCUGCUCCCCCUCAAGGCCGGUGUUGCCAUCAUGGCCCUGGGUACCCUCGCAGAGGCGCCUGAUUGCGGCUUGAAGAUCGUGCCGGUUGGCAUGAACUACUUCCACGCCCACAAGUUCCGUUCACGCGCCGUCAUUGAGUUCGGUCCACCGUUCGAGGUCCCUCCACGCCUUGUCGAGAUGUACAAGAAUAACGAAAGACGUCAGGCCAUCGCCGAGCUGCUCGAUAUGGUUCACAAUGCGCUGCACGCCGUUACGGUUUCCGUUCCAGAUUACGACACCCUGAUGGUCAUCCAGGCCGCUCGUCGUCUGUACAACCCGGCCGGCAAGAAGUUGCCGCUGCCUGUCGUCGUCGAGCUGAAUCGCCGCCUGGCUGUCGGCUACUCGAAGUACAAGACGGACGAGCGUAUUGUUCAGCUCAAGGAGUCGGUCGCCGAGUAUAACCGGCAGCUGCGCUACCUUGGCCUGCGUGACCAUCAGGUCGAGUACGCCACCAUGUCGUGGCCCAUCGUGCUGUUUACCUUCCUCUAUCGCCUGAUCAAGCUGCUGCUCCUCUCGGCCGGUGUGCUGCCUGGUCUGGUUCUUUUCGCUCCGGUUUUCAUCGCGACCAAGGUCAUCAGCCGCAAGAAGGCCAAGUCGGCGCUUGCGGCUUCCUCGGUCAAGAUUCAGGGUCGGGACGUCAUGGCUACUUGGAAGCUCCUCGUCUCGAUGGCAUUUGCGCCGAUCCUCUACAAUUUCUACUGCUCUCUGGUUGCCUGGCAAGUGUACCGGAACCGCCUGGGCGGCCGUGUGCCGGAUUGGGUGCCCAUCUGGGCCGUCUUCUUGGCCGGUUGGGUGAUCUUUCCCACCAUCACCUUCGCGGCCCUGCGCUUCGGUGAGGUCGGGAUGGACAUCCUCAAGUCUCUUCGUCCGCUCGCUCUGUGUCUGUUCCCGUCGUCCAGCUACAGCGUGAAGCGUCUGCGGGAACGUCGCGCUGAGCUCAGCGCCCAGGUCGCAGAAGUCGUCAACCAGCUCGGCCCCGACCUGUUCCCCGACUUCGAGCACACGCGGCUGGUCUUCGACGGAGUCGCGCGCGCUGGAUCGGCCUCGCCCCCUCGUACUCGGCACCAACCCUCGUCGGAGCAGCCGCCUCACCUCCACGCUGAGGGUACCGAGAGCCCCACGCACUCCGACCCCGGCCGCCGCGGCAGCACCACCCAGUCCGGUCGCGCCCUGCCGCGCAACGAAUCCUUCAGCAACAUCGGCCAAGCGCCGCUGUUCGCCACGCGCCCGCCCAGCCGCAGCAGCAGUGUCAACGUGCCGGUCACGGCGUUCACCACCGGCGCGUUGCUGGAUACCAAGGAGGGCUUUGAGGAGGCGGCGGCCAAGAUCCGGCAGGCGAUGCGAGAGCGCGGAGAGAUGCGCCGGCGCAAAAGCCAGGCGCGCAAGAAGACGCUGGUAGAUGAGGAUGGGAUCAGCAGCGACGAGGACGAGGAUGAGGACGAGAGUGAGGGAGUGGAGAGCAGCCUCGGAGAGACGGCUGUUGCCGAGGAAGAUUAUGAGGAGGCUAGGAAGCGGAUGUAG